GGGGAUUCAAUUUGUGCUCGAUCAAAUUUCUAUAACACCCGAAGACCGGCAAACCUUCAAGGAAGAUGCUCAGAAAAUUGAAAAUGAAUUUAUCGGAGCGAUUUCCUGCAAAGAUCCCUUUUUCGCCUCUGCUUUUCGUGGUCUUGCCUUGACGGGAAGUAAUUUUGACAAUGUCAGGAUAAAUUUGCCGGAUGAGUUUGAUAUGCUGACCCAAAUCAAGAUGCCAUGUAACUUAGAACCAGUGCCGAUCAAAAGUCAUCCAGGCUACGUUUGCCUGCGUGCCAGUGGUGAUAACAUUCCGCUACAUCUGGUUAAUCACCAAGGAGAUGAGUACUAUAUUAACCGUCGGAAGAUUCAAGCCUGGUUUCGGGAAAAUGUCGACGAAGUAAUCCAGGAACUAGCCUACAUCCACCGCAUUGGCGAGAGAUCGUAUGAGCUCAAAUGCGUAACCGGUGGUCAUAUUGCCCACACCAUUAAAGCUACUUGCCUAUCCGAUCCUGCACGCAAAAUCUGCUUCGAUUUUGUACUUGCUAUUAUGUUUUCUCCAUCGAUGUGGCCCAGUGUUUUUCCCCAACAACGGAAUCAAGAACGAAGCUGGUAUGCCGUUCCUUGUAAGAUCAAGUCUCCGAAUGUGGAGAAUGAUUUACUAUCUUUCAUCGUUUGCUCUCCAUAUUGGGAGCAUAUGGCCCUCAAGAAAAAGCAAAACCUCAAAGACGGAUUACGACUUAUGAAAGCUUUGCGGGAUGCCAAUGAUAUGCCCAAGAUCUUCAGCUAUACAAUCAAAAGCCUUUUUCUAAAUGCGGCCAGUGUUAAAAGGAUCAACUGGAAUCAAUCUCCGGGUCGUAUACUCAUUAGGAUGAUUGUCCUGAUGGUAAAGUUUCUCCGGAAGGGUUUUCUUCCUCUCUACUUGGUCCCAGAUUCUAACGUUUUAGAGGGCCUCGGCAAGGAUGAGAGAAUGGAUUAUAUGAGAAGACUGUUCAGAAUAUUAAAGCUACUUAUUAAGUGCCGAAAUCGAAAUUGCAUGACCAUAGAUGAUAUUGAAUUAAUUUUUGGGAUUUCUGUUUUGCAAUCUCUUUGA